GAUUGCUAAUGCUAACCGCUGAGCGCCACAUCGAGGGUUGUCCGCUCGGUCCAUGUCCUGCACGUUGUAGGGGUUCUGAAACAGCUUUCCUGUUAACAAAGGUUUGUUUUUUCUGUUAGCAGUCUUCCAAAAUCUAUUUUCGUUCAUUUUUGAACGGAGAAGUUCCUCCGAAUCUUACCAAAAACCAGAGCUUUUAAAAAAAGUUAGCAGCUAUGUCGGGUGUUGUUCGAGGCCCCGCCGGGAAUAACGAUUGCCGAAUCUACGUGGGGAAUCUUCCCCCCGAUAUCCGCACCAAAGAUGUCGAGGACGUGUUCUACAAGUAUGGGACGAUUCGAGACAUCGACCUGAAGAACCGGAGAGGGGGUCCGCCUUUCGCCUUCAUCGAGUUCGAAGACCCGAGGGACGCCGACGACGCGGUCUACGGACGCGACGGCUACGACUACGACGGCUACAGGCUGCGUGUGGAGUUCCCGCGGAGCGGCAGAGGCUCCAGAGGCGGCGGCUACGGGGGGGCCGGUGGUGGAGCCCCCAGGGGUAGAUAUGGACCCCCGUCCAGGCGCUCCGAGUACAGGGUCGUUGUUUCAGGUCUUCCUCAGAGUGGCAGCUGGCAGGACCUGAAGGACCACAUGCGUGAGGCCGGCGACGUGUGCUACGCAGACGUCUACAGAGAUGGAACUGGAGUCGUAGAGUUUGUCCGCAAAGAGGACAUGACCUAUGCCGUUCGAAAACUGGACAACACCAAAUUCCGUUCGCAUGAGGGAGAGACUGCUUACAUUCGUGUGAAAUUAGACGGUCCCCGCAGCCCAAGUUACGGAAGAUCGCACUCCCGCAGCCAUGGCAGCAGGAGCCGAAGCCGCAGUCGCAGCGCCAGCCGCAGUCGCAGCAAUUCCCGUGGUCGUGGCAGAGGAUCUCCCCGCUACUCGCCUCGUCACAGCCGCUCUCGUUCUCGUUCCUAAACCACCAUCGAUGUUUUGCCCCUUUGAUGUAUCCCCCCCUCCUGUUUUUACCUCUUCUAAGUUUCUCUGGGUGUCAGCUGUUGAUUUUUAAUUUUUGCAUUUGUUGUCCCGAUGUCCUUGUGGAUGAUCUUGGUAUGUAGAUGUUGCCCCUGUCCUUCUUUCUUUACUCUUUCCCUUCUUCCAGCUGCUUUCUCCUCUUGUUUUUCCCCAUCUACCCCCCCCCCCCCCGUUUUCUGUCAUCACCAAUUUUGCAACAUUACAAACUGUUGUGAUGAACUUCAAAAAUAUUGAGCUGCACUCAAUGUUUUUGCAAGUGUUAAAAAUUGAAGAUUUUGUUUUAUUUUUUAUUAGCCUCUCUUUUUGAUGUUUGGGGUGGGCCAUUUUGACCGGGAGCCCAAUACUUAACUGUAUUUUACCCUUGUGUCUUCCUUUAGACAUCUGAGGAGAAGGAUUAAAGUGAUUUGGAAUAAAACCAUUGUGGAGCACAUUUCAUUUGUAUGGUCAGGAUAGGACAUCUAGGAGCAAUGAGGUCGAGGCAAUGGUAUGCUUCAUAUUCCAUAAACUGAACAUUUUGUUAGGUUUGCCAUGUCAUGCAUGUUAUUUACCACGCACACGUGCUGUACUUAGAAAGUCUGUAACUUGCUACUCUACCUUCUGACAGAAUAAGCAGUCCUUAAAACAAGUGUUGUGAUGUAAGUGUAACACCUCUACCAUCAAAUGUAAACAAAUAUUUUUUACAAGAGCAUCCCACUUUUAACCGUCCUGAGUAGUUACAAUAUGUUAGCGUCAGGGAGCAAGGUUUUCUGCUUAGUAGCUUCUUUAAUUUGUAAAGUCUUGACAUGAGUGUUAAACAUGGGGGGAAAAAAUUAAAAUUAGGCCCAAAAAUCUUGACAUUUUAUUCUAACGGUCUCCCUCUGAUUUUUUUUUUCCUGGUAUUUCAAGGUUUUGAUUGGAGGAGUGGCUCAGUGGAUCCCAAUCCUUGGAGCUGGAUGAGUGGAUCGAUUAGGACAGGGAUAGGCAAGAAUGGAUGCUUGGAACGGGAGCAGUUUUCCAGGAUUCAAAUGAGUUAUCAGAAGUAAUUAUUGGGAGUCCCAGAGCAACUUUUUUUUUUUCCUCUUCCCCUUUCAUUUUAGGCCCCCCUUGCCUUUUUUUUUUUUUUUAAAGCGUCACAAUUAUGGCAUUAUUGUACAAGAGAACGAAACAGGACCAGGAAGUUGGAUCAAAGGACGGAGUCGUAGAUGCCUGGUAUGAGGGAAUCGUUUGACAAAUUGGGAGGUUUGGGGAGGGGGUUCAGUUUU